AUGGGAACAAAGAAGUUGUCUUCUCCAUUCACAGUGGAAAUAGGAACACAGGAAAUGGCUUUCUCUGUGAAAAAGUACGAUGUUUUUAUCAGCUUCAGAGGUGAGGACACGCGUUCCAAUUUCGUUAGCCAUCUUCGCAAUGCUCUCGAUCGAGACCGCAUCAAAACAUACACGGAUGAAGACAAACUUGGAAAAGGAGACCAGGUUUGGGCAUCACUGUCCCAAGCAAUUCAGGAUUCACAUGUUGCCAUCGUCAUUUUCUCCCAGAACUAUGCUUUCUCAAAGUGGUGCUUGAAAGAACUGGUCAAAAUACUGGAAUGCAGAAAAAGUGAGGGGCUUAUAGUUAUUCCGGUGUUUUAUGAAGUGGAUCCAUCGCACAUAAGGAAGUUCACUGGAAUUUUCAAGGAAGCAAUGGCAAAACACGAGAAAUUUUUUGGUGACAGAGAUAAUGAAUCCAUCAAAGAGUGGAAAGAUGCUCUCAUAGAAGCUUCCAAUAUAUGUGGAUGGGACUCUCGCACUCGUCUCUACAAGAACGAAGCUCAAAUAAUUGAUAAAAUUGUGGAAGAUGUAUUGGAGAAGCUGAACCAGAGAUCCCCAAUUGAACUAAAAGUGGAAGGCCUUGUCGGAAUUGACAAAAUUUGCGAAGAAGUUAAACUUUUGCUUUCAAGAAACCAAAAGAAUCGGUUGCUACAAAAUGUUAAAGUAAUUAGAAUUUGGGGCAUGGGUGGGAUUGGAAAGACAACAAUUGCCAAAGCCUUGUUUUGUCAACUCUUUCCACAAUAUGACAGUGUGUGUUUCCUGGCAAAUGUAAGAGAAGAAUCAAAAAGGUUGGGCCUAAUGUCUUUACGUGGUAAGCUUCUUUCUAAGCUACUUAAGAAAGAAUAUGAGGGUUCUGAUGUUGCAGAAUCCACAUUCUAUACAAGGAGACUGAAUGAUAAAAAGGUUUUGAUUGUACUUGAUGAUGUGAAUAGUUUAGAUCAAUUAGAUGUGUUGUAUAGAGAAUGUAACUAUGUGGGUCCAAAUAGUAAAAUCAUUAUAACAACCAGAGAUAGGCAUUUACUAAUUAGUGCAAGUGUUGAUGAGAUAUAUGAUGUCAAAAUGUUGAACUUGGCCAAAUCUCUAGAGCUUUUUAGUUUACAUGCCUUCAAGGAAAGACAUCCCCAAAAGGGAUAUGAGGAUCUCUCAAGAAGAGCAGUGGCCUAUGCUGGUGGAGUUCCAUUAGCUUUGAAAAUUUUGGGUUCAAAUCUUUAUUCCAGAAGUACACAAUUUUGGGACAGUGAAUUGAGCAAACUCAUGAACUGCACCAAUGACAGAAUUCAAAGUGUGUUACAAGUGAGUUAUGACGGAUUAGACAGUCUAGAGAAGAAAAUAUUUCUAGACAUUGCAUUCUUUUUCAAAGGCGAAAAUAAGGGUGACAUCAUAAGAAUAUUAGAUGCCUGUGGUUUUGGUGCUACCAGUGGAGUAAAUGUCCUUGAAGAUAAAGCUCUUAUAACUAUUUCACUUUCUGGAACGAUACAAAUGCAUGACUUGAUACAAGAAAUGGGUUUGAAUAUAGUUCGUGAAGGCAUUGAAAAUCCAAGAAAACGUAGUCGAUUAAAAGAUAUUGAAGAAGUUCCUGACGUCCUUGGAAAUAAUAAGGGGAGUAAUGCAGUUGAAGGUAUAACAUUAGAUUUGUCUGAAAUUGAGGAUUUACAGGUGAAUGCUGACGCAUUGAGCAUGAUGACUAAUUUAAGAAUUCUUAAAUUGUACGUCCCUUUUGGAAAUCGAUCAGGCAAGGUGCACUGGUCUGGUGUUCUUAGUAAAUUGUCUGAUAAAUUGAGGUACCUUGAGUGGCAUGGAUACCCUUUGAAGUCUCUUCCAGCAUCUUUUAGUGCAAAGAGGCUUGUUGAGAUUCACAUGAGGCAUAGCAAUCUUACAGAACUUUGGGAGGGGGUGCAGGAUGUUGUGAAUCUAGUGAGAAUUAACCUGAGUAAAUGCAAGCAAUUGAAGAACCUGCCAGAUUUGUCAAAGGCCUCAAAACUUGAACGGGUGGAUCUGUAUGGUUGUGAAAGUUUGGUGGCUGUUCAUCCAUCUGUGUUAUCUCUGGACAAACUAAAAAUUUUGGUACUAGAUGAAUGCAAAAAUCUGAAGAGUCUUAAAAGUGGAAAGCAUUUAAGAUCUCUGGAGUGUAUCUGUGUGGACGGUUGCACUAGUCUUAGGGAAUUUUCAGUUUCCUCGGAUUUAAUCAAAUGGUUGGAUUUAUGCAACACAGGAAUCGAAACAUUGGAUUCAUCAAUUGAGCGUCUAAGAAAUCUUAGAACACUGGAUGUGCAUGGUUUGAGAUGCGGUUAUCUUCCAAGUGAGUUAUGUUUCCUGAAAGAUCUGAGGGAGCUAAAGAUUUGUAAGUGCAGAAUAGCAAUUGAGAAAGAGAAUCUACAUGUGAUAUUUGAUGGCUUAGCAUAUCUUAAAGUGCUACACUUGAAGGAUUGUUGUAACUUGUAUGAGCUCCCUCACAACAUCAGCACCUUAACAAACUUGCAUGAGCUAAGACUUGAUGGUAGCAGUGUGAAGACAUUGCCCGAGAGCAUCAAGCAUCUAAAAAAUCUUGAAACUCUGUCCUUAGAAAAUUGCAGAAAGCUUGUCAGUAUACCAGAGCUUCCCCCCAGUGUCACAAUUCUGGAAGCGCAGAACUGCGUGUCAUUGGUGAAAAUACCCACUUUGGAGACUUUAACUUUUGAGAUGAAAGGGAGGCGAAAAUCGAUUUGUUUCCAGAAUUGCAUGGGUCUUGAUGAACCUAGGCUCCACUGCAUCACAGAGGGUGCCUAUAUAGCUACCUACAAUGCUGUGUUUCAAAGUAGACCUGUAAAUAGAUCACGAAAGAGUUGGAGACGCUCUAUUUCAUAUCUGUCUGAAAAUUGCUUUUUGAGUUACUGUAUCCCUGGAAGAAGAGUUCCAGAGGAGUUCACAUAUAGAACAACACGGUCCUCCUUCAGUAUUAAUCUUCCUUCUUCAAUUUCAGACUUUGCAGGCUUAAUUUUUGGUGCAGUUCUUUCUCCCUCCCAACUCCAAGGAACGAAGACCCGUAUUAAUAUCUGGUGUCAAUGCUACUUGGGGGAUGGUAGAAAGUUGGCAUGCGCAACUGAAUGGCGCCGUAGAGCUGUAAAUGUGACGGGGUUGAGCUGUGAUCAUGUUUAUAUGUGGUGUGAUACAGUCCAUUUUAAGAGAAUUAUGAAAAUUUACCGAACUGGUGAACGACAGGUUUGGUUUAAGUUCUUUGUGACAAGUGAUAUGGGGGAAAGUCAUGAGUUGAACAUCCAAACCAGAGAGUGCGGAGUCUACGUACUUCUUAAGUCAAAAGAAGAGUUGGAGUCACCACAUUGUCAAACAUCUCACCACACCCAUGCCAAUCAUGAGCCAGACUUUAGUGAUAACUGUUCCUGUAACUGCUUAUUCGAGAAGAACAUAUUGAAGCCACUAUUGAUGGAUUAG